CAGUGGGCGCGGGGCGGCGGGCGGUGCGCGCGCUCCCUGUGCGGUCCCUGAGCCUCGGCGCCUUCCCCUCCCCUCCCCUCGCUCGCUUCGCUCCCGGGCCCUGCCCCGGCCCGCCGUGCCCGGCGCAGCGCUGACAGCCCGGCAGCGCCCGGCCGCGGACUAGGCGAGACCAUCUCCGAAGAGGCGGCUUGGAACCCGUCAAGCUGCCCCGCAGCCCGCAGCCGUUCAGCCAGGCUAUGCGCUGCCAACGGGCUCCGCUCAAGAAAAAAACAGAGCGGAUCGUGAAAAGGUAGAGGCGCCCGUAGAGGCCCCCGCAGGGCUCUUGGGAAGCGGCCGCUCAGCCCGGAGAGAAGCGGAGGACGCGCCGGAGAGGCGACGGCGCAGGAGCAGCGCGGCGGGGGCGUCCCGGCGGCUCGGAGCAUGUGAGAGGCCGGGGGGCCGCGAUGCUGCGACGCGCGGAGUUCAUCGUGUGCCCGCCCUGGGAGCCCGCCCGCGGCGAGGGGGUGCCGGGGGGCGCCUCCCCGACGCCGCUGAAGGGCGGCGAGCCCCGGCGGGGCGGCAGCCGCUCCCGUUGGCCGCCCGGGCGGCGCGGGAGGGUCCCCGGCGGGGCGCGGAAGCUGCUGGGCAGCCGCACGCACAGCCACUUCCAGCACUACCAGCACCAGCAGCUGCAGCAGCAGCACUGCCGCGCCUUCCGCCGCUGCCACCGCCCGGCGCGGCCGCGGGUGCUGCUCUCCCUGCGGCCCGUCAAUGUGCUGGGCCGGCGGGCGCCGGGCAUGCGGGCGCCCCGCAACACCAACCAGUUCCUGAUGCGGGAGAAGUACCAGCUCAUGCACCUGCGCUCGGACUCGGUGGGCACCGAGAGCGGCGGGUCGGACUGCGAGAUGGACCCGCUGGACAUGGACUCGUACCUGGGGGUGCUGGAGAACGCCCGCGGGGCGCUGAUGGAGUGCGCGGGGGAGCCCGGACCCGCCGCCCGCUCCCCGCCCGCCCGGGCCGGGGCCGAGGCAGCCGCGGGCUCCCCGCAGGAGGAGAGCCAGCAGUACUUCCCCUCGGAGGACGAUGUGAUCGAGAGCGAGCUCUUCAUGGAGAGGGACUUCGACGAGUUCUGCAGCAGGAUCGCCUGAGCCCCGGGCCGGGGGGAAGCAGAACCCCGCUGGCUUGGAGCCUUUCCGCCUCGGAGUGGGGGGGAGAGGUUUAUUUAUUUCUCAGCCAUUCCCUUGCGUUUUUGUCAGGGGGGUUGGCUAAUUUUACAAAUGUGCGUGUGUAAACAGGGGGGAUCCCUCCUUGUAAAUAAAGUGAACUUUUCUGAAGGCGACAUCAAA